AUGACUUUUAAUCAUCCAUCGCCUUUGAACAAUCGAACUUUCAAAAUAUCAGACCCAAUCCCGGAACUAUUGAAUUAUCUGACGACGAAUCUCAAGUUACAAAUCGACAACCGUUGUGCAGGCGUUAUUGACGAAACAACGACAAGGACAAAAUUGGCGUUCGAAUAUCGACGUAAUGAUUGGCGCACACCAGAACCUUCAGUCGUCGUGACAACCGCAUGUGAUAAAGAACCACCUCGUUGCUACAAUUGUGGAGGCCUUGGUCAUCUACAACGUUCUUGCCCAUCAACUUACCUGGUGAAUGGCGUUAUCGACCUGCUUCUCAACGACCUGGCAACAAACAGCAUUUAA